AUGGUCAACUCUUGUGGCUCCGUCUGCUCUGACCAGGGCUGUGGCCAAGAGACCUGCUGCCAACCCAGCUGCUCUGCGUCCAGCUGCUGCCCCCCAUCCUGCUGUCAGACUACCUGCUGCCAGACCUCUUGCUGCCGCCCCACCUGCUGCCGCCCAGUCUGCUGUCAGACCACCUGCCGCCCCAGCUGUGGUGUGUCCAGCUGCUGCCGCCCAGUCUGCUGUCAGACCACCUGCCGCCCCAGGCUGGGUGUGGUCCAGCUGCUGCCGCCCAGUCUGCUGUUCAGAACCACCUGCCGCCCCAGCUGUAGUGUGUCCAGCUGCUGCCGCUCAGUCUGCUGUCAGACCACCUGCCGCCCCAGCUGUGGUGUGUCCAGCUGCUGCCGUCCAGUCUGCUGUCAGACCACCUGUCGCCCCAGCUGUGGUGUGUCCAGCUGCUGCCGCCCAGUCUGCUGUCAGACCACCUGCCGCCCCAGCUGUGGUGUGUCCGGCUGCUGCCGCCCAGUCUGCUGUCAGACCACCUGUCGCCCCAGCUGUGAAGUGUCCAGCUGCUGCUGCCCAGUCUAUCAGACCACCUGCUGUGGUACAACUUGCAGUCGCCCAAGCUGCUGUGAAACCUCUUGUUGA